CCCCCCCCCGGGCACCGGCGCCCCAACUUUUCCCGCGCUGUCUGCGCCCCCGGACCUGGUGUCCGCCUCCUGGUCUAAGGGGCGCGCGCAUCUUCCGGGUGCGGGCCGCACGCCCAUCCUCUCCGCGAGCCCUCCUCCUCCCCCGGGACGAGUGUGGGGCUGGUGCGCCCGGAGCUGCGGGGAUCCCCUCAAGUUCCUGGCGCUCCGAAUUCGCCCCCGCCUCGGCAUCGACCCUCGAGGAGCGGAGUGAGCCUCCGAAGGCCAGGCCUCGUACUCCCCUAAGUCAAAGAGGUCUCGUCCUUUUCUCUCCGAACCCGGGUGCCUGUCGCGGCUCGGCCGGGCGAGCGGCCGGCGGAGAAUCGGGGCUCUCGGGACCGCGUCGCGCCGUCGGGUGCAGCGCGCGCCAUGGCCGGCUGCUGCUGCCUGUCCGCGGAGGAGAAGGAGUCGCAGCGCAUCAGCGCCGAAAUCGAGCGGCAGCUUCGCCGGGACAAGAAGGACGCGCGCCGCGAGUUCAAGCUGCUGCUGUUGGGAACUGGUGAAAGUGGCAAAAGCACCUUUAUCAAGCAAAUGAGAAUCAUCCAUGGGUCUGGCUACAGCGAUGAAGACAGGAAGGGGUUCACGAAGUUAGUUUACCAAAACAUAUUCACCGCCAUGCAAUCCAUGAUCAGAGCCAUGGACACCCUGAGGAUACAGUACGUGUGUGAGCAGAAUAAGGAAAAUGCCCAGCUCAUCCGAGAAGUGGAAGUGGACAAGGUCUGUGCGCUCUCCAGGGACCAGGUGGAGGCCAUCAAGCAGCUGUGGCAGGACCCGGGAAUCCAGGAGUGUUACGACAGGAGGAGGGAGUAUCAGCUCUCGGACUCUGCCAGAUAUUACCUGACCGACAUUGACCGGAUCGCAAUGCCGUCCUUCGUGCCAACCCAGCAGGACGUGCUUCGUGUUCGCGUGCCCACAACCGGCAUCAUCGAGUAUCCGUUUGACUUGGAGAACAUCAUCUUUCGGAUGGUAGACGUUGGUGGCCAGCGAUCUGAGAGACGGAAAUGGAUUCAUUGCUUUGAGAGCGUCACCUCCAUUAUCUUUUUGGUUGCUCUGAGUGAAUACGACCAGGUCCUGGCCGAGUGUGACAACGAGAACCGCAUGGAAGAGAGCAAAGCCUUAUUUAAAACCAUUAUUACCUACCCCUGGUUUCUGAACUCAUCCGUGAUUUUGUUCUUAAAUAAGAAGGAUCUUUUGGAAGAGAAAAUCAUGUACUCUCAUCUAAUUAGCUACUUCCCAGAAUACACAGGACCAAAGCAGGAUGUCAAAGCUGCCAGAGACUUUAUCCUGAAGCUUUACCAAGAUCAGAAUCCUGACAAAGAGAAAGUCAUCUAUUCUCACUUCACGUGUGCUACAGACACGGAGAAUAUCCGCUUUGUGUUCGCUGCCGUGAAAGACACGAUUCUCCAGCUCAACCUGAGGGAGUUCAACCUGGUUUGAAAGCUGCUGUGCACUUCUCACCCAUUCCAGAAGACAGGAUUUGCAAGCUCCUCACAUAUUUGCAAGUGCUUGUGACGUCACUCACCCCGGCAGCACGGAGCCCGUCAUGCAGGCCACGGGGCCAGGUGUCGGACCUUACGAGAUAUUUGAGUGUGGCACCCUUUUUCAAAGUCUUGAUUCCCAAAUUGUUUUUAUAUUUCUUUUCUUGAGUUUUGGCUCUAAGAUUUUGUGUAAGUUUUGAAUUUGAUAUUUUAUAGAAUUUUUAAAAGCCACUGUGAUUUAUGUUUUUUUAAGUGUGUUUAAUAGGCAUUAACACAUCAUGUAACAGAGGCGUCUGUUAGUUUAUAGAUCAUACCUUGAGACCUCUAGGAUGAGUUUGGGUGAUAUUUUCAAAAAAGAAAAUUAAGGGGUUUGAAGCUUUUUAUUAAAUCUUGUAAUUUAGAGAUUUUAGAUUGUUUUUCUGUCUCCAUGCUGAACUAUGCAUUUAACAUGCCAUCAAAGAUUUGUUUGGUUUUGUUUUUUUUGUGUUAAAUAUUUUUAAGCCAAACUGAUGACUAUAUUAAUAUAUCUAACUUAGUUUUGCCAUAAUUUGAUCACCAUGCAGCCAAAGUUGACAUAAGUGGGCUCGAGAUAGCAUACGUGCUGUACUGGUAAAAAAUGUGUGUGUGUUUUAUGUGUGUAUAUAUAUACACGGCCAAGUCUUGUAAACUUACGAAAUGGCUAAAAGCCUAAAUUGUUUAACCAGCGUAAUGCAACCCCUGCCAAAGUUCUGAUGGCCACCACAGUUUUGCUGUUUGAACCAUGUAUGCUGUGCCUUUCUGAGGAGGCUAAGAAUAUACCAUUCUGCCAUUAGCAUUG